AUGGCCUCUGCAGAAGUCAACUCUCCACUCCAGCUGAUGAGGAGCGUCAAAGAAGAGACAGAGGAGUUCAGCUUAGCUGACUCUCCAUCCCAGAUGAACAUAAAAGGAGAGAGAGAAGAGUUCCCUGCUUUUCCAGAACAGCUGAGCACGAAAGAAGAGACGGAGCAGUUCCUUAGUUCUGGAUCCCAGCUGAACAUAAAAGGAGAAGAGAGAGGAGAGUUCCCUGGUUCUCCAGAACAGCUGAACGUAAAAGAAGAGACAGAUCAGAUCUCCGGUUCUCCACCUCAGCUGUGGAGCGUAAAAGAGGACAGCGAGGAGACCCUGCGUUCUCUGUACAGUCUGAGGAGCAAAUCUGUAGUGCUGGUGGACUGCUGUAGACCACAAGGACGGCAGGAGAACAAUGAAGAGAACCACAGAGAUGCCGAGGCAAGGAAGAGAUCUGGGCAUCAGCUUCACUGCAGUUCCAGCGGAGCAGAGUUUAGUAGAAAAACAGAUUCUGCUGCCCUCACCACAGAGAGACCGUAUCCUUGCAGUCAGUGUGACAAGAGCUUCAAGACUAAAGGAAACCUCAACAAACACCAGCGUGUUCACACAGGGGAGAAACCAUUUUCAUGCUCUGACUGUGGAAAGACAUUCUCACAGGCUUAUCACCUCCACUCACAUCGCCACGUUCACACUGGAGAGAGACCGUACGCUUGCAAUCAGUGUGUCAAGAGCUUUAAGACAAAAUCAGAGCUCCUAAUCCACCAGCGUGUUCACACAGGGGAGAAACGAUUUUCAUGCACGCACUGUGGAAAGAGAUUCACACAAUCAUCUGCCCUCCAUGUACAUCGUCGCUGUCACACAGGAGAGAAACCAUAUUCAUGCACGGACUGUGGAAAGAGUUUCUCAGACUCUUCUAGCCACCUCAAACAUCGCCGCAUUCACACUGGAGAGAAGCCGUACGUUUGCAGUCAUUGCGGCAAGAGCUUUAAGACAAAAGGAAACCUCAACAAACACCAGCGUGUUCACACAGGGGAGAAACCAUUUUCAUGCUCUGACUGUGGAAAGAGCUUCUCAUGGGCUUCUCACCUCCACUCACAUCGCCUUAUUCACACUGGAGAGAAGCCAUAUGUUUGCAGUCAGUGUGACAAGAGCUUUAAGACAAAAGAGGAGCUCAAAAUGCACCAGCGUGUUCAUACAGGGGAGAAACCAUUUCCAUGUGCCGACUGUGGAAUGGGUUUCUCAAUGUCGUUUUCCCUCCGUGUACAUCGUCGCUGUCACACUGGAGAGAAACCGUUUUCAUGCACCGACUGUGGAAAGAGUUUCUCAAAUUCUUCUAACUUCCACACACAUCGCCGCAUUCACACUGGAGAGAGGCCGUAUCCUUGCAGUCAGUGUGACAGGAGCUUUAAGAGAAAAGAUGAACUCAAGAGGCACCAGCGUGUUCAUACAGGAGAGAAACUAUUUAAAUGCAUUGACUGUGGGAAGAAGUUGUCACAUUCUGCUGCCCUCCACAGACAUCGUCGCAUUCACACAGGAGAGAGGCCGUACACUUGCAGUCAGUGUGACAAGAGCUUUAAGACAAAAGGAGAGCUCCGACGCCAUCAGCGCCUUCACACAGGGGAGAAACCAUUUUCAUGCACAGACUGUGGAAGGAGUUUCUCACACGCAUCUGGCCUCUACGCACAUCGUCGCGUUCACACUGGAGAGAAGUCACAUCCUUGCAGUCAGUGUGACAAGAGAUUUACCACAAAAAGAGAUCUCCAAAGGCACCAGGUUGUUCACACAGGGGAGAAACCAUUUUCAUGCAUCGACUGUGGAAAGAGGUUUUCACGUUCUUCUGGCCUCCACAGUCAUCGUCGCACUCACACUGGAGAGAAACCGUACGCUUGCAGUCAGUGUAAUAAGAGUUUUAAGACAAAUGGAGAGCUCCAACUCCACCAGCGUGUUCACUCAGGGGUGAAACCUUUUUCAUGCACCGACUGUGGAAAGAGAUUUUCACAGUCUUCUAACCUUAACACACAUCGUCGCAUUCACACUGGAGAGAAGCCGUACACUUGCAGUCAGUGUGACAAGAGCUUUAGGACAAAAGCAGAGCUCCAAAUCCACCAGCGUGUUCACACAGGGGAGAAACCAUUUUCAUGCACCGACUGUGGAAAGAGUUUCUCACAUUAUUCCGGCCUUCGCAUACAUCGUCGUAUUCACACUGGAGAGGGGCCACACUCUUGCAGUCAGUGUAACAAAAGCUUUAAGACAAAAGCACAGUUCCAAAUCCACCAGCGUGUUCACACAGGGGAGAAACCUUAAGAAACACUUAUCACACUCUCAUCCAGUGUAACAAGUUUCUCACAGUUCUCUAACCUUAAAGCUGCAGUGGUGGUCAUAUGUUUACAUACCCUGGCAGAAUAUAUGCUUUGUUAGCUAUUUCCAAUAGGAUGUGAAUGAUUGCACAAAACCUUUUGUGUAAUACCACUCUGGCCACCAUCCUACACAGUGCUCCUUUAAGGCUGAUGAGUCAUAUUUCCUCCAGUAUUUCUUACAAGUUAAAUGUAUUCCUCGUUCUAUGAGAGUAUGGACCAAAACUACAGUGCAUUUGUAACCCAUAUGUCCCCAUAACAUCAGUGGUCCAUCACCAUGUUUCACAGAAGGGAUGGUGUAACUUUCAUCAUGAAUGAAAUAUGUAUGUGAACAUGUACCAUGACUACUGAAGCUUUCUGGGAUUCUAACAUAGUAGCGUUCUCAUUUGGACAAAAAUGGAAGAACGUGUCAUUUCAGUUAUUCUAUGAGCUUUUCUUUCUUAAAAUGAAGUUGUAUUAAACUUACUCUAUGCACAA